UGUUUAACACAUUGGGCAAACCAAUCAAAAAACUACAAUUUAGUUAAUGGACAGAAGCGAGCACCCUGGAAAGAUGGCUUCACGGUGCUGAUUUUGUUUCAUUCAUUUAUAUAAAGAAAUGUCCUAGAAAGUCGACAGCCUGUCUCAAUGGUAGUGGACAAUUCCUCCAGAGUCAACAGGAGUGUGAACGAGUCGAACAAAAGCUAUGAAAGAACAUUUUAAACAGAUGUGAAGACUGAGGUGGCGUGAGGAUGCAGUCUCAACGGCUGUGUGACGAGGAACAGCAGCACCACCUACUGGAACAGGUUUCUAGUCCAGCCUCACUGAGGGAAGCCACUGCUCGUGUAUGGUUCAUUCAGGAUGGCUGUGGUAUGGUCUGUGCCUUCAUCACCUGGUUCCUGGUGCUUUAUGCUGACUUUGUUGUCACCUUUGUCAUGCUGCUGCCCUCUAAAAGUGUGGCAUAUGCUGUGGUCAAUGGGGUGCUGUUCAACUGCCUGGCUGUCCUGGCACUGACCUCCCACCUGCGCACUAUGCUCACUGACCCGGGAGCGGUCCCUAAGGGCAAUGCUACCAAGGAAUACGUGAGCAGCUUGCAGCUAAAACCAGGAGAAGUCCUUUACAAGUGCCCAAAAUGCUGCAGCAUCAAGCCACAAAGAGCGCAUCACUGCAGUAUCUGUAAGCGCUGUAUUCGGAAAAUGGACCACCACUGUCCCUGGGUGAACAACUGUGUGGGGGAGAAUAACCAGCGCUUUUUUGUUCUCUUCACUAUGUACAUAGCUAUGAUCUCCACCUAUGCUCUGGUUCUGAGUGUGCUUCAGUUCUACACAUGUGUCAGGACUGAUUGGAGCGAAUGUAGUGAUUUUUCUCCCCCUGUGGCUGUACUGCUGAUAAUCUUCCUCUUCUUGGAGGCUAUCCUCUUCCUCACCUUCACUGCGGUGAUGUUCAGCACACAGAUCCAGUCCAUCUGCAGUGAUGAGAUGGUGGCUGAGCGGCUGAAGAAUGAGAAGCUCAAGAAAGGCAGACGGGUGCGGUGGGACAGCAUGAAGACUGUGUUUGGAGGGCAGCCGUCUUUACUCUGGAUUAACCCUUUUGCUGGGCUGCGACUGAGAAAACUCAUCACCUCACAAACCUUGAGGGCUGGACCUGAAUUUUCUGUCUGACACACACAUACACACACACACACACACAGUCUGGGAACAAAUAUUGCUACUGAUCAGCAAAAUGCUGCUCUAUAAUUUGAAGGCAGUAUUUAAAAAUGUGAUUUUUUUAUCCUAAAGGCUAUUUUUUAUACUUUGUAUAAUUUUUAAUUAUGUGAAAUUAUUUAUUUAUUUAUUUAGUUUGUUCAUUUUCCAUUAAUCAUUUGGUGUUGUGCUUUAUGUUAUGUCUAAAUUAAUAUGCCUCAGGGCAGUCAAAAGGUAUCAGAUGUUUAUGUUGUACUGUAGUUUUAAUUUUAUUUUUAACUAUUUUUAAAAUAAUGCUUUUCAGAUUCUCCUUUGUGUGCUGUUCCUAAGAGUUUAUAUCACCUGUGUGGUCAAGUUGUACCUCUUAAGUCCACAUUGCAUUAAAUGUCUUGCUAUACUAACAUAUUUCACUCCCAAAAACCAAGAUUUACUUAUCCUUCAUUAUUUAAUCACAGUGUUAAAUGCCUCAAAUGACAUCUCUGGUACUUUUGUCAUUUUGCACAGUCAACCUGCUUAUGUACUGACUGACACUGAUGCAAAAUCAGUAAGAACUCUACUGUGGAGAUAUGAUUAAUAUUUUUGAUUUAUAAGUGUUUAUAACUGUUCAGAUUGUGCACAUUUUACAGCUCAAAGCCUCUCAGGAUUACUGCCAUAUCUGACUUUUACAGCUGAUGUAUUUGUAUAUUCCAUUUGUAAUUUGGAUUAAGGCUCUAAUUUGAAUUUGAUCAUUAGACAUUGUCUGAGUGUCAUGCCAGGCUGCUAGUAUGGUAAAUGGAAAGCGCUCAUUGUACCACCCAGUGUAUUUUUCUUUUUUACUGUAUGGCAAUGUCAUAGAGUACUGUGCCAGAGACUGUGCUUCACUUAUUUACUUUCAAGUCAAAACAGUCAGUAAGCAUUGAACAGGAAUUUACAUAAAAGCCUCAACAAUUAAAUAUAAUAUCCAAA